AUGGAGAAAGAGCUAGAGCAUGUAAAGGAAGACCUGAAAUGCCUGAAGUGGAAGGUGAGACACAUCGGGGAGACGGUGCAGCCCCUGGCCGAGGACAGCAAGAGGUACAAUGGCUACACCCUGACGGAGCUCAAGGCCAUGGUGCAGUUUGAGGAUGACCCUUACAAGGCUGCCCACAAGAUCCUCACCGCCCUCUUCAGCGAUGUCUACUGGCCACAGCACCCAGCUGAGCAGGCCUGCAACUCCUGCUCCCUGCCCAAGCCCAAAAUAGACCCAGAGCUCUACAUGGUCUACUGUGACAUCCUGAAAAGCAUAUUCCCUGGGAUCAGCAGCCAGACCUUGAGGGAAGAGACACAACACACGCAGCAAAGCUCCCAGAGAGCAGUGCAGUGA